AUGGCCUACGUCUCGAUUGAAUCCGAUGAUCGCAUGGAAGAGGGUCCGGAAGGACUCCAGUUCCAAUCGUUUCUUGACUCAGAUAAUCAUGCUGCAAAUGAGGGUGGUAGCGGAGGGACCAACACCGGUAGAGGAUACAUACCAGACCGCGGUUCGUCUGGACGUUCUGGAUUUUGGACAUUAGAGGCCUACCAGCAUCAUUUCGAUGUGGACACCAAAACUGUCCUUCAACGCUGUUACAUGACGAUGUUCCCGCCCGCCGCGCCGUCCUACCUCUCAACAUACCUUUCACCCAGCGCAGACCUCUACGGUCCUUUCUGGACGCUAACGACGCUCAUCUUCUCCCUUUUCGUGUGCUCAUCCCUAGCAUCCGCCAUCGCUGCAUGGCUCUCCAAUCCCGACGCGGCCGCAUCCAUCGCGUACGACUUUGGCCUGAUAUUCACAGCGACGGCGCUGGUAUACGCGUACGGCAUUGCCUUGCCGGUGCUGCUAUGGUUCGCGCUGAGGUAUCUUGGGGUCGGUGAGUGGGGCAUUACGGAGGCGGUAGCGGUAUGGGGAUACGGGCAGUUUGUGUGGAUACCCGUGACGGUGCUGUGUGUCAUCCCUGUACCGCUCGUGCGUUGGGUUCUCGUCGGGAUUGCAUUCCUCCUUUCAGGAUACUUCCUAGUGGCGAAUGUAUACCCAGUACUAGCAUCAGCGGAUGCCAAGCCAGUGCGCCUCAUAAUCAUUCUACUCGUCAUUCUGCACGCGGGGCUUGCGCUGAGCUUCAAGGUCUUGUUCUUCAGCUACUACGCUGUAAAAGAGAUCGGUGUGCCGGAUCCCAUCCCCGCGUAG